AUGUUUCCCUCAGAAUCCUCCCCACCUCGGGCGUCCACUUCAAGGGCGGACACGCCGUCGGAGGAUCUGAAUCCCACUUUAAAGGACACAGCCAUCUUCACCACUGAACUGACGGUUCUCGCCACCCUGUUCCUCCAUGAUAAGUAUCCAAAUGCUCGAGCUGUCUUGCCUGUCUGUUUGCGCUUCGACGUUUGUGAACGCAUCAAUGGCGAUUUCACCAUUCAGAAUUGCCGCUUCAAUUUGCUUUACUACAUUCUCUACCUUAUUGAAUCGCUUCGCUUUGACACUAAACGCCUAACUACCCAGCUAAUAAUAACUCGAAUUGUUGUAUUGGAAGAUGUCUGUUCGACUGAUCCAACGGAUUCUUACUUUGCACCACAAAAUGACUUUUACACGAAUCCCGGUACGUCUACACCCUUGGGGAGCGGCAUUACCGACAACGUUGUACUUCAACUUGCCCCAUUUCCCGCCCUCUCUUUGGAACUUCUUCACUCGAGAGAUUUCUUCAGCUGCACCGGCCCUCUUUUAAUCGUGGUGCAGGGUUGUAAUGAAAGUACUCUGGGCGUGUGGGAGCCCACUCACCUGAUGAAAGAGGGCAACGAGCCCUUCUCUCGAAAUCUCAAAACGGGCAGUCAAAUUGAAUUCGUAAAACUGGCACAUAGUCGAGGCUAUCAAGUCGCAUUUCUCAAUCUCAAUUGCUUGGCAGCCGAAACAUCGAUUCCCGACAGGUAUUCAGAACGUGUACAAGCUUGCCACUUAAACUGCGAUGUCUUUCCUUCACAUGGAGCCUCCCAGUCCGAUGCAGGACCGUCCGAUCGGUUUUCCGCAUUGUUUUAUUUGCAACAAUCUCCCGCCCUAAUAUGCGAUGUGCAGCGAUUCUUUUUCCCUCCUCUACCUGAAACCCAACAGUCUGUCGUGUCACUGGGGGAGAGAAUGGCCUGUGGUUGGGAGGCUCUCAUGGCCCGUUGUCGCUCAUCCAACAUCGUCGUGUGGGUGCACCGACGAGCUGAGGAGUCCUUCUUCUAUCCCCUUUGUCCCACUCCCCAAACCCGCACUAGACAGCCGUGGUUGCUAAGACCGACGUUAGGCAACAGUGAAGAUGGUGAUGGUUCAACGCAAGAGCCCAUUUCUAUGCCGCAUUCGCUUGGAUCGCAGCCGUCUUCAAGUGGCACCUCAUCCCUCCAUUGCACAGACACGCAUAGACGCAAAUUAAUAGCCACCUGGGCUGACCGUGCCAAGUCCUACUGGUUGAGUCUUCAGUCAAGAGUCAAGGCCGUGGUCUUUGUGGAUCCCUGUCAGAUGUUCACAAGUUUUCCACAAAGUGGUGUUGGAUGGGGUCUUUUGGAUCCAAAUGCAACAGCUGCUACACUCUCUCUACAACAACAAGACAUCGACCGACUCAGGGAGUGGUUCGCACAGGCAAGACUCCCCAACUGUGUCUAA